GUAAACAUAUCAACCAUUAAACACAACUUUCCUCAUCUCUACAAUUUCUCCAUCCAUGGCUACUGUCUGUAGCAAGCAGCUCUUCCUGCAGCUAAGAGAAUCCGGCAGCCCGAAACUGCCAUUGUCGUCUGAUCGGGUUAGUCAUCGGUUUCGGUUAUCCAAAAGCGAUAAAAACCGGGCCUCAAGACUGGUUUUAGGUGGUCAGUUUUCUGGCUGUUCUGUUGUUAGAGCAAAUCCAGUGAACAACAGCAUUACUCCAGCUGGAGAUGAUGACGAAGGCGUUUCGUUGGGGACGAUGAAGCUACCGAUUAAUACUGAUCUUGAUCGGUUUGAAACGUUGUUGUUUCAGUGGGCAAAUAGUAUGAAUCAAGGUGCACAGAUACCACUUCCUAUGCCUCUCAAGGUGGACAAAGUUAAAGGAGGAAUAAGGAUAGGUUUCAUUACAAUCGGCGACGGAGUGAUUGAGGUUCCGGUGUACAUCGACUGUUUGGUUUAUCCGGCAGCCGCUGGUUCACCACCGAUUUUCCGGGCUAUACGCAACGGGCCAAUGAAAGACCGGUCACCUCCCGGAGAACCUAGAAUCAUGAAAAGCCUUCUUGCUGCGCUUCAAAAGUCAGUUCAAUUGGCUGCAAUGUAAAACCAUUUGUGGUGUUUUUUUAUAUACUUUUCUCGUGUAUAAAUUCAAUGUCAUUUUUCUUCUUUUGGUUGCCAAAUGUAGCAGUCAACCAUUAUUCA